AUGCCCCGAGUACCUUCUCUGGGCGAGCGAUUCGAACGGACUGGCUCCAUGGACGACCUCAAUCGUGCUGUCGACAUCGCCAGCCAGGCGGUAGAGGCCACUCCCCAAGACGACGCUGAUCGGGCUCGCCAGUUGGAAGACCUCGGAAUUAUGCUCGCCAAGCGAUUCGACAGAACCGAAUCCAUAGACUAUCUCAACCUUGCAAUCAAAAUCACCGGACAUGCGGUAGAGGCCACGCCACACGACCACCCCGAUCGAGCUGGCUCGUUGAGCGACCUCGGAACAAUGCUCGGCAGUAGAUUCCAACGAACCGAUUCCAUGGCAGACCUCAAUCGCGCCGUCGAUGUUGCCGGUCAAGCAGCAGACAUUACUCCUCGAGACCACCCCAAACGAGUUGGCCAUCUGAGGAGUCUUAGUUACUGGCUCGGGAAGCGAUCCAAACGGACCGGCUCCAUGGACGACCUCAAUCGUGCCGUCGAUAUUGCCAAUCAAGCAGUAGACGCCGCACCCCAAGGCCACCCAGACCGAGCUGCUGCGUUGAACGGCCUUGGAACCCAGCUCGUCAGGCGAUUCGAAAUGACCGGCUCCAUGGACGACCUCAAUCGCGCCGUAGACGUUGCCGGAGAAGCCGUCGACGCCACACCCCAAAACCACCGGAAUCGAGCUGCCUGGUUAAACAAUCUCGGAGUGCAUCUCAAGGAGCGACACGAUCGAACGGGCUCCAUGGAUGAUCUCAUUCGUGCCGUCGAUAUUGCCAAUCAAGCAGUAGACGCCGCACCCCAAGGCCACCCAGACCGAGCUGCUGCGUUGAACGGCCUUGGAACCCAGCUCGUCAGGCGAUUCAAAAUGACCGGCUCCAUGGACGACCUCAAUCGUGCCGUAGACGUUGCCGGAGAAGCCGUCGACGCCACACCCCAAAACCACCGGAAUCGAGCUGUCUUGUUAGGCAACCUCGGAAACUGGCUCGGCAUGCGAUUCGAAUGGACCGGCUCCAUGGACGACCUCAAUCGUGCCGUUGAUAUUACCGGUCAAGCAGUAGACGCCACAACCGACGGCCACGCAUACCGAGCUGAUAUGUUGAACGGCUUCAGUCACUGGCUCGGCAGCCGAUUCGAACGGACCGGCUCCAUGGACGACCUCAAUCUUGCCGUCGACAUCGCCAGCCAGGCGAUGGAUACUACUUUCCAAGGCCAAUAUGGUCGAGGUAAUGUGCUGAACACCCUCGGACUUUGGCUUGGCAAGCGAUUCGAACGGACUGGGUCCAUGGACGACCUCAAUCGCGCCAUCAGCAUCACCAGCCGAGCAGUGGAUGCUACUCCCCAAGACGACCCAAAUCGAGCUGUCUUCUUGGCCACCCUUGGACACCGGCUUGGUAGGCGAUUCGAACGGACCGGCUCCAUGGACGACCUCAAUGGCGCCGUCGACCUCGCCGGCCGAGCAGUGGAUGCUACUCCCCAAAACCACCCAAAUCGAGCUGGCUGCUUUGACAACCUUGCAAAUCGGCUCGGCAUGCGAUUCGAACGGACUCGCUCCUUGGAGGACCUUGAUCGUCAGCUUUCGUCAUGCAAAAAGGGUUGGCACUGCCGCAUGGCCGCCCCGCCUAUCCGUAUACGCCUGGCUAGGCAGGCCGCCCAAUUACUGGCAACGCGGUUAGAUUGGGAAGGUUCACAUCAGCUGCUGCAGGCAGCCAUCAACCUCCUUCCCAAGAUAAGCCCACGAUGGUUGACAAGCACCGAUAAGCAGCACAUGCUUGCCGACUUCGCCGGCUUGGCUUCAGAGGCAGCGAGCGUCGCUCUAAACGCACGGAAAGACGCGUAUGAUGCCUUGCAGGUUCUCGAACUCGGUCGCGGCGUCAUUGCUAACCUGCUGAUGGAGAUGCGCGGAGAUGUUUCCCAUCUUCAGAAGCAGCAUCCUGAUUUGGCAAACGAGUUUAUAUCUUGCCGAGACGAUCUAGACUCGCUAGGAGACAGCCAAUCUCUUCUUCCUGCUACCGACGAGGCAUCCUCUUGGGAAUCGCGGGCGAAACGGCGUCGUGAAGCGGACAUGAAAUUUGACGAGCUCAUUUCCAUAAUUCGCGCUCUGCCCGGAUUCCAGAACUUCCUCCUUCCGGCGACCGCAGAUGAGCUCAUGGCCGCGGCAAGCCUGGGUCCCGUCGUCGUCAUCAACCUAAGCCCAUACCGCUGUGAUGCGUUCCUUAUUGAGACCGAGCAUAUUCAGGCGUCCAGGAACGAGCCCAGAAGCUGCGAUCAGUUCCCCAAGCAGCACCUCAUUAUGCAAUUCCACUACUCGAAUGGCUCUGGGAUGUUGUCGCUCGCCCAGUCCUAG